CUUUCCCAGACUUCGCUAGUAGCGUAUGAGGUAUCUUGAUCAUGCCUGCCCCCCGCCCGUAUCGAUGAUAGUGUAAGAUUUUUAUCCUCAGGUUCAGUUUAAUCCAAUAGGGCAGCUCUGCUUUUACCUGCACUGUCACGAGCUUUCUUGAAUCCUUUCCGCUCGUUAGUGCUUGUUUUUCGGUAAUAUCAUGGCCGGGUCUGUGCUUGAUUGGAUCUCGUUCUCUGGAAUGGAUGUCUCAUCUCGCACGGUGUCGACUUGAUCUCCCGCAAGCGACAGCACUGCUAUCGGCAAGGAUCUUUUUCCUGGCUGGUUCUUUCAUCUUAACAUCUCCCAAUUUCAUUGCGUUAGUGCGGUCAUAGAAAUGGUGCGCAUUUUUCUUUGACUAUUCCAGUCUGGCCAAGAGACACGACUAUAGAAAUUCACAAAGGUUAAGGUAGUCAAAAAACUCAGAACAAAUCUCUUCUUGAGGAGCAGGGAACACCUGCGCACAUAAGUAACUUUUCAGGCUGGAUAGAGCCAUCAAGAAUGGAACCAUAUUUCAUCUAGCAAGUAGCUGCAGAAGUGGCGUUAAUAUACUGGUGUUUGUUUUUUCACCAUGAACUUCUUUAUACGAAUUUCUGCCAGGAAGAAGUAGUACUUCACAAAUUACAAUUCUAAGUAUACAACAAUCGUGGUCUUGCUGGACGUAAGCGAAGAGCAAAGUCCUUGAAUCAAUUAUACGCGACAAUCCUCCACUCGCGCCGUGUUUGCGCUGGACGACCAGAGUUAUCAACAUUUCUACCCCGACACACCUUUCAUCGGUCGAGCCCAGACUUUCUGCUUCGUGGUUCAUCUCGUCUUUACAACUUCAUCGUCUCAGGAAGUCACCCUCAGUACGAGCAGGUUCGACGAAAUAGACUUGUUGCGGAAAAAGAGCGGGAGGGGCACAAGCGGAAAAGCAACAAUCAUCAACCACCGGCAGUUAUUUUCAAACAAGUAAGCGGAAGCACGACACACGCAGUACAGAAGAGGAACUGAAGAAACCAGCACCGGAGAAAAACAAGAACCACCGAAAAUGAGGCAAGUGGCGCCGCCCACCCGGCUGACGUACGAUCGGCCGAUCAAGCGGCUGGCUGUGACGGUGGACUCGGCCUGGGAUCUGAAGGCGCCGGAGCACAGUAUGGCCGAUGAGCAGGCCUUCAACCCCUACGUGGAGCUCUACUUCGGCCACCGCCAGGUCGAGACGCAGGUGGCGAGCAAGGUGCGGUGUGUGACCAUCAACACGGUAGACCCUAGUCCCCGGUCCGCCACGCUGAUGGGGCGGUUGUUCGGGCAUCUAAUGCCCAAGUCCCGGGGCAGCAACCCGAGCUCGGAGGAACUCAAGCCUCGGUCGGUGGUGGUCCGGUUCGGCGAACGGUUCGUACUGGAGUAUUUGCAGGAACCGAUCGACUUGCGCUGCGUGGUGCGCACCGACACGGAGAGCGCGCGCAACCCGGUGAUCGGGUCCGCGGUGUAUCACGUGCUGCAGCGCACCAGAGCGGGUAUCAGCACCACGAUCGACUUCGCGCUUCAAAAAGACCCGACCGUAGGGGGCUCUUUAGGUGGGGGAGGUGGGAACAACAAAACCACCAACACCUCCUUCAGUCGCGUGCUCGGGAGCGGGGGCAGCCACAACAGCACAAGCAGCCGGAUCUCGGACCACGUCGUGCGGGUGGUCACGCACGACGCCACGGUCGCGCCGCCGACGGACCUGCCGGGGGAGAUGGGCACCGGAGCAGCAGGUGCAGCGACGUCCUUGUCUCCUGCGCAGCGCCUGCCCGAUCGGGGGCUCAGUAGUAGAGGCGAUCAGGAUGACGAUUUUGUUCAAUCGGAGAUAGUACAACAACAGCCAACCUCCAAUUUUGACGAUUUUCUCCCGGAUCUACCAGAGCAAGAGGUAUUGCUACAGGCGCCACUCAGCGCAGCCUCCUCCCGGUCCUCGCAGCCCGAGCAGGUGCGUAAACAACUUGCCCUCCCGCUGGGGAGGAGGAGCAACGACAGUCUGGCGAGCGGCGGAGCUGCUACAAAUAAUACCUUGCUGCGCCGGACGAGCACCGGGGGCGGCAGCAAUCACGGAGCAGCUACGAGUAGUGCAACGAUGCGGCGCACAAACAGCCAGCACCAGGUGUUAUUCAACCGCGACAAUAUGGAUUUCGCCAACAACGAGGGGUUUCUGCGCGUCACGAUCGAAUUUCUGGAGAAAGAGGACGACAUUUUGACCAAGGAGCAGUUUUGGGCGGCGCUGGAGCAGAAUUUCAACAGCGCCGGGACCUACCAAAUCGGGCACGAGGAGCGUGCGGCGCGCAUGUCCAGCCGGGUGUUCAAUCAGGAGGAAGCGGAGGCGCGGCGCAGCUUCCGCCAGUUCAUCCCAGCAAAGCGAAACAAAAUCAAGCCGCAGCACGGCCACACCAUCCCGCACUGCGGCGUCCUCGAGCCCCGGCUGCGCGUGCGGUCGGACCUCGACGGGGUUGGGAUCGUGCUCGGGUGGGUCACCGAGAACAACGAGGUGGUCCGAGGCUUGUGCAGCGAAGAGACCUUUCUCUACGUCGCGCCGGGCUACGUGCGCGUGGCGUUCGACAACGAGGCCUACCACCGGGACAUGAUCGCAAACGUGAAAAUCAACACGCUGAAAUGGGAGUUGCCCCACCUCCAGGGUGGGGACGAGAUGUUCCGAUCGAAUUCCGCGGAGGACACGGCAACUUCCAGCGGCAAGAAGUCCCAAGAUCUGAUGGUGCCGGAACAAACGAACAACGAGCGGGGCGCUGACCAGGAUCAACAAGAAGUACUCGCGAACGGACGAGCUGGAAAUGGUGCGGAGUAUGAUCAUGUUCAAGGCGAACACGUCAACGACUUAAAUGAGGAGAUGUUAGAUGGUGGAAUACAACAGUAUGGGACCACAACAGCGAUGGAGUCGUCCACGUCAGACCGGUUCUCGAAAAAUUCGGGGAACGGCGUGCUCAUGUCCUACGCGUCCUCCUCCGCCGCGGACGAGUAUGGCUCGAACGGGAAGCAAGGGGCGGUUGUUUUCGGGACGAACAAUAAGGACGAGAAGUCGGCGGAGCAGCAAGGGCCGUUUUCAACAUCUGCCAAUGUCCUAGAUGUGAAGCGAGUUCCGGUGGAGUCGCGAUUUUCUGGUGGAGAAGAAGACGAGCUCGCGGAGGAAGUCACGCAAUACCCGGCUACUUCUACCGGAGUAGAAGUUCCUCAGCAAAGGAGCCCCAACACCGGAGGAACCUCCAGCGCGUCUCCGAUAACCAGAACAAAUUCGCCGACCGCGUACCCGCUACUGCCGCAGGGGGAGAACGCCGUGGCCAUCGGCCGUUUCGUCCGUGUCCGCAAGGGCGUUCGGCCGAUGCGGGGGUGGGGCAGCGUGAGCGUGAACGACAUCGGGCUGUGCGUGCAGUUACGCGCCAGGCUCGCGACCGUGACGUUUGCGCACCAGCGCAUGUGGCGCGCGUUCGUCGACGAGCUGGAAUGCGUGGAGGUGGCGAAGAUCAUUUGUCUGCGGGAGCUGCAAAACAACCGCGGCAUCACCAUCCCGCGGGGCGCGCAAGCGGGAGUGGUGUCGCGGCACCCACAGCCGAACGCCGAGCCGCCGUUCGUGGAGCUGCUCGCGAUGGUGUGCGACAGCGGGGUCGAGGAGCUCGAGGGCCAGGUGCUCACGGUAUCCACAGAGGACGAAGGAACGCUGUACGUGAAGAUGGUGGAGCCGCGGCGGAGCUCCAUCCUCGUAGAUCCGCUGGAACUCGCCACCCGCGAGGACCUGCGGCAGCGGGCGCUGCAGGAAUCGCCGCCUUACUCGAUGCUCAGCUCCGGGGGCGGCGGGCUGGACUACAGCGGCGGCUAUUUCCAGGAGAUGUACCGCACCGCGUCGGUGACCGGGCAGCAAAGCGGUUAUUUGGGCGGCGCAGCUGCAACUCACGAGAACAACAAGCGCCGGCGCGAGUCGUUCGAGGACGGCGUGGCGGUGCCGCGCCCGAUGAGCAGCAUGACGGACGGCUCAACCAACGGCGGGGCGGCGGCGAGUAGUAGUGCAGCAAAUAGGGAUCAUAUAAUGUUCGCCCGUGCAGAGAUAGAACCGGCAAACCCAGCGCAGCAGAUGAUACAUCCUUCGUCUGCGGAGUUUCUGGGUCGCGUCUCCGUCGAGGACGGCGACUUGCGCCGCGUCGCGUCGCGGCGGUCGCGCGCCUCGCUGCGCACACCCAGCUUCCCGGCCACGGAGGAGGAGCGGUUCGCGAAGAAGAUGCAGAUCGCGCAGAAAGCGGAGCAGGGGGAGCGGCUGGCGCGGGCGCCGUCCAGCGUGGUCGUCUCCGGAAGCCAAAAUGCCGGCGCGUCCGCGAGCAACCGCGCGACGGUCAACCCCCGGUCGCAUCGGAGUGUGAAGAAGCUGAACGACGCGCGGGCCACGAACCGCGACUUGAUUCGGUCCGACCCCGAGAAGUGGUGCGCGCAGUUCUGGAUGACCAAGCCGCGAUCGGGGCACAACAAAUUCGCCGCUCCGGACGGCGAGGAAAAGCAGCUGUCCCUCGAGGAGGCGCGGUCCGCCAUCCUGAAGACCUUCCACGUGGAGAAGUUUCAGCGCAGCGCGCUGAAGCGGCUGCUGACCCGACGGUGGGUGUGGCCGCUGAGCAAGCAAGAUCUACUGACCCACGGCCAGCUCGCCGAGGGGGACCAAGCCUGCUUGAUCAACGUACACACGCUGGAGGUCACCCUCGACGAGAAAGUGCUGACGCACGAGGGCCAGCAGGUGAAGAUCCUGGGCCGCGUGGACGACAAGUACGCCAUCGAGCUGGAGGUGGGCAGUCCGCUGAUCCUGGUGAAGCGCGAGAACCUGGACACCACCCGGGUGCUCGCCCUGGCCGAGACCCCGCCGCCGGGCCAGAUCCGCGUCAAGGGCGCGGGCGGCGCGGGGAUCCCCUGCAACGGGGACUACCAGCCCAGCGGCAGCUACCGCGACCACCCCAUGUACAAGAACGAGAGCGGCGCGAUCAUCUACUGGGCGGGGUUCUGGAAGAUGAACUACACGGACCAGGUGACCGGGUGGUACUACGCCCACGACAAGUCCCACGGUAUGGCCACGCCCCCGGAGGGCCAGUGGUCCAACUACGGCUACAACGGCCGGCGCGCGUUCCCCUGCCCCUUCCUGUCCCGCGGGAACCUCCCCUUCCCGCGGCCCACCGAGAAGCUCCAGGUCGGCAACCGCUGCGUGCUCGCCGUGACGGAGCGCGAGUCGGUCACGUCCAGCGUGAACACGAAGAUCGUUGCCGUGUCGCCGGUCCUGACGGAGUCCUCCGUCGGCGAGGUCGUGCGGCGGGACGAGGACGACCGGCUGCUGGUUCGGAAUUUGCAAACCGGCCUGUCCGCCUGGCACAGCCCGGAGGCCGUGCACCACCUGGAGGGCAUGACGCACAGCGAGAUGCUCGCGCGCAAUUUCGCCGGCGGGACGCGCGAAACCUUCAUCGCCUGGGUCAUCGACAACUUUACGACCUUUGUUUUGGUUGAAGACGAAAACAAGACCACUGGUCUCGAAAACGCAAACGACGCGGGGCUGACCGCGAUCGAAACGACAGUGUCCCGGACAAAAGUACUAGAUAACGGCAAAACGCGACGAGUCGGGUCGGUGGUCAGCGAAAAAACGGAGGAGGACUUAUUAGCCGCAGGCGACGUCGCAGCUGGUGUAAUAGCAGACGGAACUACGUCACCUUCAAGGGACCUCCGAGCAGACGUCGGAGACGGCGGCGCGGGCAUAAACCAGUUCGCAUUCGUCGAUGGGGAGGAGGAGGUCACGCACUUCGAGCGCGUCUGCGUGCAGGAGGCCAUCGACGAGAUCGACAAGAUUCGCAAGCGGUUCGGCUGGCCGCUGCUGAAGGACCGGCCGAAACCGGCCGAGGGGUGCCCGGAGCUGGUGUUCUCGCGGCCGGAGACCGGGGACUUUGACUCCACCAUGAGUCUGCUGCUGGACACGUUCGCGCGGAUCGGCACGCGCAGUGGUGAGUUCUGGACCCGCGGGUUCACCAUCAAAUUUCGCCAGGACCGGGGUAUCGACUGGGGCGCGGUCACCAAGUCCUGGGCCAACCUGCUCUGCGCCCAGAUCUUCCACCCGGAUUCCGGGCUGCUCACCAGCGGACUCUCGCCCUCGGUGGAAAACUCCACGGAGGACCUCAAGUGCAGCGGCUUCUUCCUGCCGGACUGGGCGGCACUCCGACUCGGCCGGGAGCCGGGCAUGACCAAGGUGUGGUACGAGUUUUUGGGCAGGUUUUUGGCCUACUGCCUGUACAUGAACUGCCGCGUGGAAGCGGUGCUCGGCGGCUAUGUGUACAGCUGCCUGCUCUGCGACAUGGAAGUGGACGAAAGUUGUACUAGCAACGCCGCACAUGCUAAUGCUUUGAAUCCUUCUGCGGGAAACAAGAAAGGAGUACCACAGCAGCAACAGCAACUUCGUCCGGACGCUAUCAUCCGCCCCGUGAAAGAACCCACUGCGUUUAAUGUCGCGCAAAAGAACCGGCGAAGUUCCGCGCCGUCCAGGAGAAUACCAACGACGAACUUUUUUUCUGCCCCAACGAGGUACGAGAUGGUGCUUCCUGCUGGAAGUGGUAGCAACAAGCAGCAGCUGUUCGGCCCGGUGUGGAAGAGUGUGUACGAUUGCGUGGACGACUUGCGCACCCUGGACCCGGUGAAGGCCAAGGGCUUGAUGGACUUGCUGGAGUACCCCGACGCGGACGACGUGGAGCUGGUGUUUUGCCUCGAUUUUUCCGUGUCCUACAAGUUCAUGGGCGAGGAAAUUCUAUUUCUCCUCUGCCCCGCGGGCGACGACCGCCCGGUCACGGGCGAGAACCGGCAGGAGUACGUGUUUCUGCUGUGCCAAUUCCUGUUGAAGGCGUCCUGCCACUUCGCCUUGUCCAGCUUCGUGCGGGGGUUCCGGUCGGUGCUGCCAAGGAAGUGCAUAAGAAUGCUCAGCCCCAAGUUGCUGGAAGGUAAGUGAAUGUGGUAUGAUAAUGGAAUUGAUUGCGUUUCGUCGCUCUUCCGCUAAAAGUGCUUCCCUGGAAUACCUUUAGGCUGUUUUGACAGAUUUAUGAUUCCGGUUCCUAUGGUAAUUUCCAUCAAUCAUUUUAUCCCCUCUCCAUACUAAACACUAGGUCUUCUGUGCGGGCAGAGCGACGUGCGCGACCGCGACUGGGCGGAACUUCGGGAUUGCGUGGUGGUGUCCCUGGAGGGCACGCUGAUGCAGGACAGCGGCAAGGCCGCCGAGCUGAAGGAAACGCUGAUCAGCAACUGGUUCUUUUCCAUUCUGUACGAAUUGGAGCCCAAGGCGCGACAGCAACUCCUCAACUUUUGGAUCGGGACCACACGGGUCCCUGCGGUCGGGUUCCGCGGCCUCCACCCCGUGAUCAACCUUUCCCUAACCACCAGCCUGUUGAAAGAGAACCUGCCGCAGACGCACAUCUGCUUCCACAAGCUCGACCUGCCGGUGUACGACUCAAAGGAACAAAUGAAGGCGAAACUCGUGCAAGCCAUCGAACUCGCCGGCGCGGCGGUGUCGAUGGAGUAGAAGGCAGUGAGCAUGUUCUUGAGUUGUAGUAUGCUCUUUGAUACUGACAGAAACAAACAUAGCAGUGGAAGUUGUUUGUCAUCAGGCUGUUUGUGGAUUUUUUGUGAAAUAUAGCAAAGCCUCA